GACUCACCGUUCCACCGACUUUCAUUUCGCAUUUUGGACAAAAAGCGUGAACUUGCCGCGAAUCAAAUUGAAAUCAGAAGCCUCCGUCCAACACUCUCUCCGUAUCUCAGCACAUAAGCGUUUUCCAAUUACAGUAGUCCUCUCAAAUUUUUAGACUGUAUGUACUCUUUAUCUUGUCUCUCACUCUGGCAUCUCCUCUCAUUCUCUCUUCCUUGUCUCGUCUCUCCAUCCAAACGAUCCUCCUUUUGCCUCCUCUUCCCCGUGACCUCAGAUUCGAAGACUGCAAUGCUUUCAGUUCUGGAGAACUGAAACCUCUUCGAAGAACUUUCUCGACGUACUUCUGCAGAACACCGCUGCUACGGCCGUCGAGCAAUGCAAAGUUUCAUGCGCAGGACCGCCUCAACCUCUGUUUUAGAAAUAUCGUCAAAUUUUGCCAUACAGAUGUAUCCAGAAGCCGCUGUUUUCACUUUACGGCCGGAGCCUUGCAGAACGGAUCCACUACAGGGCUCUACGGCUUUCACCACUUGAAGACUCCUAAAGGCUUUCGACAUUUUGUCGACGAAGCCACUGGGUACCAACAAUUGAAAAACAAAAGAGAUAUAACAUGUCUGAAUCUUAAAUCUCUAUUAAUUAAAUAACUUGAAAUUGAAGAUAAUCAAUAUUCGCCGAUUUUCCACGAAUUAACGAAGCUUGAUGGAGUUGAUUUGAUAUCUUUAGUAAUUUAGUAAAUCUUCAUAUUCGCUGAUUUUAGGAUGAAUUUAUUGUUAGCUAGACGGGACUGAGGUCCUUUAUAGAUUUAUUUUUCCUUUUUUAAUUUAUUUUCUGCUUGAAUGUAAAAUUUUAUUAGGUCUGGCGAACUGGUUAGUUACAUAAAUGGAUUGGCUCCGUCUACUAAAAUUAUUUGAGCCAUGGACGAAAUUUCAGAUACUGUAGCUUCUGCCUUCCUAAUUAUACUUGAGUUGUUCUGUUUGUGGUUCGCUUUUUCUUUCAUUAUAUUUUUAUUUAAAUUUCACUAUUUAGUGGAAGGACUGAUUGAGGUAUUUGGUUUUGUAGGUUUGUUCUGUUGUUGAUUCUGCGGAAUUUUGUAGGCAUUCCCAUCCAGACAGGGAAAUUUGGGAUGUUUGUACCUUGACUUAUACUCGAGGCAGGGAAAAUAUCCUGGUUGUGCUAACUUUGCAAUUAGAGGUGGUUGCCGGAUUUCUGAGACAGAAUAUGAACUUACUGUAUGUGAUUGUUUAUCAGCAUAUACCUGGUUACAGUAAUUGAUGAUCAUUUUCACCUCUUUUGCAUCAAACAUGUCUCAUAGUUCAUCAACAAUGAGACUUAAUCAUUGGGAAGUAGAAACUUUGUUUCACGAGUUUGGACAUGCUCUUCAUUCUUUACUCUCAAGAAUGGAUUACCAACAUUUCUCUGGUACCAGGGUGGCUUUCGACUUUGCUGAGACACUUUCAAACCUCUUUGAGUACUAUGCAUGGGACUACCGUGUCUUGAAGAAAUUUUCAACGCACUACUCAACUGGGACUACCGCAGUACUGUGUGCUAGGGACAUGUUUACAGCGACUGAAUUGCAACGCCAGCCACCCUCACCAGAGACAAGUUCUAUUGUUGCCGAGUUGAAAAGCCAGCAUACCAGCUGGAAGCACGCGCAGGGUACACAUUGGCAGAUCCGAUUUAGUCAUCUUAUAAACUGUGGUGCAGGUUACUAAAGCUACUUGUAUGCAAAAUGCUUUGCUGUGAACAUAUGGCAAAAGCUGUAGGAAAAUGCGCUUAGAAGCUAGAACAAACUUUUUAAUGCAUGGAGGAGCCAAAGAACCAACUGAUUUGUUCAAUGAUCUAGUGGUGGACGGGAUUGUGAGGUACUGCAAAGGAGGGAUAAUUCCUGACAUAACUAAUUAUUUGGAUGAACUGAAGAUACUGGAAUAGGCAAGAACCUUUUGAAAAGCUGCCGUGGGGAAAUCAAUGAGCUGAUGUCUUUGAAGUAGCUGCAGUUGGAAGGUAAGAUUAAUACUUCUCAUUAAUUGCUUGUUUGAUGCCUGAAAUAAGCAUGGAAUAAAUUUUAUUUAAUUUAAUCAUUGUUUUUGAUAAAUUUUUAAAUUAUAAGCAGUCCAAACUCCCAAGGGCUGCUGAUAUGAUCAUAUGAGCGGAUUUAUUC